AUGCAGGCACGAUCAAACCAAUAUGCGACAGUACGGAACCGCAAGAGACAAACAAUGUUUCAUUCAUUCAGUACAGGUUUACCUGAACAACAGACUGAAUAAAGCUCGUUCAGUACACACACAGUGCAUGCAAAGCCAAGCCGAUCUACUUGUAUCCAACGAAAAGCAAUAUAGGUUGACGGCUAAAUCACCCAAAGUGUAAAGUAACCUUCAGCAUGCCUCUGAGGACAACAGUAAUUGGUAGUUACCCCAAAUCUGCCUGCUGCAAUAUCCCAGACUGGUUCACCAACCAAGCAGAUUAUAAUCCGGCAGAUUUCAACAAAUUUGUGAAGGGUGUAGCACCAGAAGACUACGAAGCGCUGGUCGACAAGGCCGUCAAAGAAACGUUGAAAGAACAAACAUCAUUGGGUAUCGAUGUCGUGACUGACGGCGAGAUUCGACGCGGCAAUUAUAUCAAUCAUCUCUGUCGGCAUUUAGAAGGCUUUGACUUCGAGAACUUAACGAGAAAAUCAUGUCGGAACGGGGCUUGGGUCUCCGAGGUACCUACUAUCCGAGGAAAGAUGAGGAUACCUGAUGAAAUGGACUGGAUAGCUGAGGAAUGGCGAUCAGCUCAGAACAAUUGUGACAAGCCGGUCAAGGUCACCGUUCCCGGUCCCAUGACUAUUAUCGGGUCAACAGCCAAUGUUUUCUACGACGACGUGAAAGAGCUCAGCUCUGACUUGGUCAAGGUUGUCAAUGCACACAUAAAACAUUUAGUAAAAGCAGGAUGCCGUCAUAUCCAGUUGGACGAGCCGGUCAUGGUUCGAGACCCCGACGUCGCGCUCGACUACGGCAUCGACCAUGCGUCACAAUGCUUUGACGGUGUCGGCACAGACGUCACCAAAACCGUCCAUCUUUGCUGUGGCUAUCCACUUUAUCUGGAUCAAACUGAUUACCCUAAAGCCGACAAAGAUGCCUACUUUGUGGUCGCAGAUAAAUUAGACCAGGCAGGAUUCGACGAGAUUUCUCUUGAAGACGCACAUCGCCGGAACGACCUAUCCCUAUUCGAUCACUUUAAGAAGACCAAGGUCAUCCUCGGUUCCGUAGCCGUCGCCCGAAGUCGUGUCGAGACCGUGGAAGAGAUACGAUCACGACUACGGGAUGUCCUGAAGCAUCUACCGGCCGCUGAUCAUCUUAUCGUGGCACCGGACUGCGGUCUGGGUUUCCUACCCAAGGACAUUCUCCGAGCAAAGCUUGCCAACAUGGUGGAGGCAGCCCAGUCUUUGCCGUAGAGUUUAUACGUGUUACCAUAGUGCAAUGAUAAGUUCUUGGUUAGGUCGAAGUUAUGAUUCAUUUUAGGUCAUAUAAUAACACCAAAUCUAAUGCAAGGUAUCAUAGGAACACUGGAGAUAAAACUAAUUCUCAAGUGAUUU